GACGAAGACGGCGGGCCCACUAGGUUGAUCCUGAAGAUAGACGAAUGACCGCGACAUGAGACCAGGGAUGACGGUGGCAUGGGAUCGAAGGAGGAAUGGACGGGACCGUAGGACGCAAGUUUCCGGGCUGUCGUCGGGAAGGGCAACGAGACAGGCCGACCCCAGAGCCGACUAGACCUCGCGAUGACCCAACCAGGCGAGCCCUGGAGGUGGCCAAGGACGACGCUGGAGUCCGGAAGACGGGAGGGCCAAUCCGAGACCAAGCCGAAUGGUCCGACCAUGCAGGAGCUCGAGAACCGGGACUUCGGAAAGGCCGGGGAGAGUGACGAGGCAACUGCUGCUCUGUUCCGGGGUCGAACGGUGACACUGAAAUUCCCUAAGUUCACCGGGCAGGAGGAUCUGUCAGGUUGGAUGGCACGGGUUGAAAAGUACCUUCGGUACCAGGAUAUUUCGGAAGAACACAAGGUGACUCUCGCGUCAUUCCACAUGGAGGAUGACGCGAAUCAAUGGCUUGUGUGGAUCGAAGAAGAGUUCACACAAAGCGGGAUGGAUAUGACGUGUGAGGACUUCCGUGCCGAGUUCUGGAAAAGGUACGGGUCAACUGAUAAGGCUGUCGAGCAUGAGGCUCUUGCAAAAAUUCGACAGACAGGGAGCGUGGAGGACUACCAACAGGCUUUCGAGAGAUUGUUGAACCGUUGUCGGGGGUGUAGCAAGGAAGCAGUAAUGGGAACUUCUAUGGGAGGACUCAAGCCGGAGAUUUCAGCAUACAUCCGUGCAUUUGAGCCACACAACACCAGGGAGGCGAAUCGUUUGGAAAAAAAUUCGCGAGGAGGAGAUCAGGAUCUAGCGCGGAGCUGUGAGAGGCGCAACACGGGGAACCGUGGUGGCUCCUCACGAGGCUUCUCCCGCGCCAGCUCUGGUGCAGGCACCCGCUCCCGCACCACCGAAUCGGGGACCACCGCCGGCUCGGAGGAGGGUCAUUUGCCACUUGACACCUGAGAGUCAGACUCUCAUCAUCAGCCUGCUUAAAAGUAACAAUCUCUUCUUGCCUCUUCAUUGCCAAGGCAGGUGGGAAGUAUUUAUCCAGAAAGACAUUCUCAAGCUGAGCCCAUGUCGUGAUGGAAUGUGGUGUUAAGUUCUGAAACCAGUGUGAUGCAUUCCCUAUCAGAGAGAAUGAGAACAUCCGAAGACUAAUUGCAUCAUCAGACACAGUUGGGCUCUUCAUCGUAUCACAUAUGCUCGCGAACCGACGGAGAUGUUCGUGAGGAUCCUCAUUGCUAGCCCCGGAUAAAGUAUAUCCAUUGGUGAUCAUAUUGAUGAAUGCAGGGUAAUUUCCAUGGUUGCAUCCCCAGCCGGAAUGACAACACAUGAAGCUCGGGCUCCAGUCCGUCGAUUCAAACGAGCCCUGAUCGAUCGAUCCUCGUCUGCCAUGAUGUCUGGCUCAAUGUCACGAGGUGGUGGUGUCGGUGGUGUAGGGACGACAGGUGAUGAAGCCUGCCCUCUCUGUUGACGAUUCUUGGUUAGGGAAGGCCUAGGAUUUGUGGUUAUGGUAGGCUGCUUCCCUAACUUGACCUGCUUCCUGUUCUGUCGGCAGGUCUUCUCGAUCUCCGGAUCUAGUGGCAGUAAAUUGCUGAUCGUCCUCCUUGGCAAUGCACGAGGAGGAUAAACCUGAAAAAUUCAC